CAUGCGUAGACGCUGAUCCGUGCUGCUGGGUGCGCCAUAUUGGCUGGUUUACAUGGGGAGUGGAGUUGGAUAAGCCGCUUGAAAAACCAAACCAAUUUCUGGACAUGAAGCAAUUCGAAGAUAACAAGUAAAUCACCGCGGUAGGAUUUAUGUGUUGAGUGCCGAGUGUUUAAUUUGCGAAAGUGCUCGCCAUUUCCCCGUGAAGAGGUUCUCCACCAACUCGACUCCAAUGGAUCCCAGGACCGCUUGGAUCCAGCCAGAGCAGAAGGGACCUGCCAAUUCCCUGUGGAUGCACAUUUGGGAAACCUCUCAGGGAUUUGGAGCAAACUCCGGCAUCGACAACCACCUUCACCACCAACGCAACAUUGCAGCGCAAAAUGCAAACUCCACAGAGUCAAACGGCGAGUAUUGCAAAAAUGUAGCACUGCAGCCGGGGUGUGUGUUUGGGAAACUGCCGAAGCGAGACGGCGGCGGAGAGAGGGGAAAUGUCCGGAGGAAGGGCUCGUUGUCGCCGUCCUCCUCCUCUCUGGACUCUGAGGCCGAGAGCUCUUCGCCUUCCGGCUCCUCUCUGCAAAUCGAUAAUUUGAACGUCGCAGAAGAUGCCAACCGUUUUUUACACUACGGCGAGCACGAGUUGAACGAGAACAAUCUCAGACGGCAACUGCCCCCUCCGCCUCUCCACACUGUUCAGCAACACUGUCGCAGCAUGCAACAAUCUGGCGGCCACACCCCCACUGGGAUGAAAAAUCAGCAUGGGAACAAGCACCACCACUAUCAGUCACAGUCAUCCGGCCGCAGGAGGCAUCUGAACCGAGCCAACACUUUCCACGGCAUCAACCCGCUCCUGUCCUGCAAUGGACACCAUGUAGACUCUUCUUGUAGCCUGUGGAAAACCAGGCGGUACAGCCCGGGUAUUAAUGGUCUUCAUGAAGAAAUCUUAGACUUUUUCAACUUUAUGUCACCUCGACCAGAGGAGGAGGCCAUGAGAAGGGAUGUCGUGAACAGAAUAGAAAGUGUCAUUAAGGAAUUGUGGCCCACAGCACGGGUGGAGAUAUUUGGCAGCUUCAGCACAGGACUUUAUCUUCCAACGAGUGACAUUGACCUGGUGGUGUUUGGAAAGUGGGACCAUCUCCCACUGCAGGAACUGGAACAAGCCCUGAAGAAACACAAUGUGUCUGGUCCGUAUCCCAUCAAGGUCCUCGAUAAAGCUACAGUGCCAAUCAUCAAGCUUACUGACCAUGAAACGGAGAUAAAAGUGGACAUCAGCUUCAACGUAGAGACUGCGGUUAAAGCGGCACAUUUCAUCAAAAGCGAUCUUAAGAAGUACACCGUUCUGCCGCCUCUGAUCUUCGUCCUGAAGCAGUUCCUACUGCAGAGGGAUCUGAAUGAAGUCUUCACUGGAGGCAUCAGCUCUUACAGCCUUAUACUAAUGGCCAUCAGUUUCCUGCAGUUACACCCUCGAAUCGACACGCGGCGUGCCAACAUCAACUUGGGCAUCCUGCUGAUCGAGUUCUUUGAGCUGUAUGGCCGCGAUUUCAACUACAUAAAGACCGGCAUCAGGGUGAAGAAUGGAGGGACUUACCUGUCCAAGGAGGAAAUGCUCAAAGCCACGGGGAGUGGAAAUAGGCCAUCCAUGCUCUGCAUAGAAGACCCAAUACAGCCAGGGAACGAUGUUGGCAGGAGUUCGUAUGGUGUCCUGCAAGUCAAGCAGGUGUUUGACUUUGCCUACAUGGUGCUGAGUCAUGGAGUGUCUCCUCUUGCACGUGCUUACCCCAACAAAGAGUAUGACAGUACUUUAGGACGCAUCCUCAAAGUCAGCCCAGAGGUGUUGGCCUACAGGGACUGGACAAUUAAGAAGUGGGGAACCAAGCAGUAUGCCAAGCUGGAGAACUGUGAUAUAGAGCGGGACCUUUCCAGGCUGAUGCUGGUUUCUGUGGAAGAUCAGAGAGAUACUUCCUCCCCCCUCAGUGCUGACUCACCCUCACCUUCUCCAGUGUUCCUCCCCAGCCCUCAACACCACUCAUCAUCAUCCUCUGCAUGCUCACUCUCCUCCUCCUCUGGAAGUGACAUAGAGUCUGAUUCUCCUUUGAACAGUAAUACUGCUAUCCAACUCCACCCUCUCACCAUGACCUCAGUCCAUUCAGUAAUCCAGAUGGCUACGGACCUGAGGAGCACACAUUCAACAGGCUUUAUCCACACCACGCCGCAGGUCCAGAUGUCCCUUCCAGAAAGCCUAACCAUCCCCUCGCUCUCCGAUUGCCACUUCUACCAUGAGAAUCCACCUUCGGUCAGUGUUGUGCACCGUCACAUGUCACAGGCUGCACACAUCUCCCAGCACACUAACUCCACAAGCCCCCUCCACCAGCUCCACCACCCUCAGAUGGCAGGACAUCAUAGCCACACCUACACUAUGAGAUCAAAUUCCCAUAGCUCACUUGAGCCGGACAAAAUUGGCUUCAAGCACAACCAAGGUGGUGGUCUUAGAGGUCAAAGUCACUCUCAAGGUAACUUCAGUCCCCAGCGGCAGUUUGUUCCCCAGGGUCAGAACACGUCACCAGGUUUCAGGAACCAGCAGCAGUACAACCGUAACACCUGGCGGCGCAAGAAGAGCAACACUCUUCCUGCUCUUAACCAGAGCAGAUGAGAGACUUGCUUGACUGGCAUGAUGGGCCUCACGGAGCACAUCAUGAGUCUCUGUGUUGAGGAGAUGUAAAGCAUUCAUUAUGCACCUGUGUUUUUUGUUGGAGACUCUCAAAAACGCACUUACUUUGUUCUGGAAUUCACAAGUCAAUUGAAGUGGUCUGCAAAGGUGUCAAAUGAUUGAUCUUUGCUAGCAUUGUGCAAGCACUAAGUGAUGCUACAAGGCUCUCGCAGGCAAAUGAAGACCGUAAAAGGCCUAAAGUCCUAACUGUGCUCAUUUUGCUACAUCGGUCUGAUAAGGCCCUUCCUCUAAAUUUGAUGCACACCAGCACAUAAUUUGUCUUCUCAUCAGUGUCACUUUUUAAGCAGCUAAAGACUUACUGGUUGGCUUAAGAGUUCAGUCAAGUAUUGAGUUUCCAUGCAACUUGAACACUUUUUUUAGGAAACAUGAUGUGCCAUAGUACUGAACUGGUUUAUCAAACCUGGUCUUUCUUGAAGUUUUGACUCUUAUUGGGCCUUUUUUGAUCAGGGUUUGGGCUCAACUGGUCUUCUGAAUGCAACUCCUUAUUGUCUAUGCUCUUGAUUCGGAGCUCUUACAGCUUGGACUAUAAUCUACGAAUUGUACUCUGGACCGAAGCGAAGCACUACCUUUCUACCUAUGCAGCGCAACGCUGACUUGAUGUUUUUGGUGUGACGGCACAAAACGGACCUUGUCUCAAGUGCUUAAACUGUGAUGACUUGUUUGAAUGUACCAAGCGUUUCUUUUUUGUGUGUUGGUCAUUUGUUCUCUUGUUUUGUCACUGAGGGCUUUUUUUUUGUUCACAUUGGCACUAUUAUCUUUUUGUAUUGUAAACAUUGCCACCUUAUUUUAUGUUUGUUGCGUUCAUGUGCAAUAAUUGCUUUUAUUUAAUUUAUUUCACAUUUUAGUUUAAUUUUAGGGGUGCUCCCCUAAUGUAAGUAUGGUUCUUUUUCUAAACAUUGAUCUGUGCAAUAGAUGGACUUAAGGGCCUUUUGAAGGUGUGUGUGUGUGUGUGUGUGUGUGUGUGUGUGUGUGUGUGUGUGUUUGCAGCUUUCCAACAGAAGGGGGAGCUAUGGUAAAGCAACAUGAAAAAAUGUGCCAAAAAUGACAUGAUUUACCAUUGUAUUAUGAUCACUUGAAAUUUUGCCAACUACCUGUCCAAAUGUUUUAUCACCACUACUCGUAUCACUUUCAGUAGUUUGACCUUUAUUUGGGUGCAUUUCCUCUUGAUAGACUGUAGGAAAUGCACCUUAAGCAGUGUUUACUCAUGUCAUUUCAAAAAUAGUUGGUGCUACUUAAUACCAGCAAAGUGCUUUUUUUUUUCUCUGCCUUAUCUCCUUUUUGAUUCUGUUAAAGCAACAGGUUAAAUGCCUUCUUAAAUGACCAAAUUUGCCCUUUUUCCUGUACGUAGCCAGCUUUCUGUUCCAUUUGUUUCCAGAAGCACUGUCAGGUUUACUUGGCUUUUUACUUUUACACCCAGUUUCUAGGUGUAUGCUCCAGAAGUAGACUCUUACUGCAGUCAAUGAUUGUUAACAUUAACAUCACAACAUUUAUUUUUUAUUUAUAAAUUCAAUACUUGAUUAUAAAAGGCAAGAGGUCUUCCAUUUCAGAGAUUUUCCUCAACCAUAUUUAAAGUCAGUAUUUCUACAUCUUGUAAGACAAGGUUUCAAAGCUAAAUAAUUUACACUGCAAUCCAUAAGAGGACUUGAGCUUGGGAUGUCACAGAUUCACCAUUACUGGAGUUUUGGUAGAGUCAUUAACAACCAAAACUUGGUAAAGGUCCUAUGUUUUAAAAGUCUGUGAUUAUUGUAACACCCUGCACACCAAUCUGAUGGACUCAACAUGAUACUGUUAGUAGCAUGUCCUCAUUUCAAUACCGCUUUUAUCAAGCCGUAGAGUAUAAUCGAUGGGUUGUUUCAUCAUAUCGCCAUGAACCAAAUCCCCAGCUCAAAUGGGUUGUUAGGUGUAAAUGACUGACGUAUAGAUGUAUACCUUGUUUUUUUUAUGUAAGUUUUCUAUUUUUUUAAUAAACAUUUUAAAACUCCA